CAUUCAACAGAACGCAGCCGACUGCGACGCAAGCAGCACGCAUACAACAGCAACUCCAGCCAAGUGAAUAAGAGAAAGCUUUGAAAUGCUAGCAGUGUUGCUACCGUUGGUUUUAUUGGCCUCGCCUUGGCUGCGUGUGGGCACUGCCCAAUUGGUUGAUCUGCAGCCGGUUUACACUGGACCCACAAUUGCGCCACUCGGUUGCCAUCGACGCUUGUACACGUAUCGUGUGACUCAGUCGGAUUUGCAGGGGCGCGAGUGCUGGGACUUCGUGAGCGUCUGGAGCUGUUGGGGUCGUUGCGAUUCCAGCGAGAUAUCCGAUUGGAAAUUCCCCUACAAGCGCUCCUUCCAUCCGGUCUGUGUGCAUGCGCAACGCCAGCCAUCGGUGGCUACGUUGAAAAACUGUCAUCCCGAGGCGGACGACAGCAUACGCAAAUACAAAUAUAUGGAGGCCGUUAAUUGUCAUUGCCAGACCUGCUCCACGGAGGACACCAGCUGCGAGGCGCCAGCCAACAAUGAUGUGGACGAACGCAAAAGCGCUAAGGUUUUAGCCUUAACUAAUGAUGACACAGGCGCACUCGACUAUUGAACGAUCGUAGAUAACAAAGUGUAAUAGUAGUAGUAGAACAUCUUAGUGGU